ACUCCGUCGAGUUUUGCAACCUUUGGCCAACCAAUGUCGAUAGUGGCGGCAACACUCGGCAACACCCCCAACCAUGCCAAGUACACAUGCACCUCCCGCUUUGCGUUCCUGAGGCUUGAGAUAACCCUUUCCAAUCCAAGCGCAGACAGUGCCGCCGUCGUGAUCACCUCCACCACAUUGAAGCUUCAAGUCGCAUCCAGCAUCAAGCAAUUGUUUGGGACUGUUGGAGUGGCUACGCACAACUUCGACGUGUUGUCGGUGGAUCAAGUACCAGGGACCCACGGCCAAGUGUCGUCGUCGGCCAUCCUCCGCCUUCGUCAAGAGUCCGUGACGCCUCUCUGGAGUGCCCUCGCAUUGAGUACGAAAUUCGACAAACUUCCUUGCAAGUACCACGUAACACAGGUCGCGUCGUCGCUGGUCGAGUUAGCCUCUGCCCGAUACUUAACCUUGUAACCAACUACUCCUCCUACUACUACGACCUUAUAUUUCUAUCGUGGCUGGUCGUCGGUGGUGUCGUUGAAGGUAAAUUGAUUUGGCCUGGACGGACGGGCUUCGUUCUGCAACGUCAUAGGCGGCGUAGUUAGCUUAGCCGUGAGCAAUUGCAUCAUGGAGUCCUGGGCGGCGGCCAGCUGACGCUGCAGCGCUUCCAUUUCGUUUUGUCGUGCUCGCAUGGCAACUUGGUGUUCGACCAAGUCAUUCAGCGUCUUCUCCACCGAAUACUGCUGCGACGACGCAGGCCCUAGAUGGGGCGACGACAGUCCCUUGCCCCCCUUGCCAUGGAAGUGGUCCCCUGGCAUCCCCAUCCGCUGCGCCGUUGGUCGAACG